AUGGCUAUGUCCAUCCACGUGUCCCUGCUGAGCGGUCGCAGCGUUCGGCUCCGGGCGCCUCCGUCUGCCACGGUUCAGGACCUGCGCCAGGCGGCACAGAAAACGCUUCGCACCGGCAUCGCCAGCCUCGUCAGCAGCGAGGGGGAACUACUGGGGCCAGAGAAGUGCGUGGGUGAGGUGGGUCUCCUCGAAGGAGACAGGAUCACAGCGACAGCGCAGCAGGCGCGGAUUGUCUCCUGCCGCAGGUGCCCGGGCUUCUUCCUCGUCCGGGGAGACGGCUCUGUACUCGCCUGGGGCGACGUCUGUUCCGGCAGCCCGGGUCUCCCGCGGGAGCUGCGUGGCGUCAGGCAAGUCGCAGCUUGCAGCGGUGGUCUCGCGGCCCUCCUAUCCAAUGGCCAGGUGCUCUCAUGGGGCUCUUCCUGCCCCAAAGAGGCUGGACGACUUACCGACGUGCGCGAGAUUCAGGCAACAGAGGAGGCUUUUGCCGUGCUCCUGGGCGAUGGUUCGGUGGUCUGCUGGGGCUCCGAGCGACUGGGAGGGAACAGCGCGGAGGUGAAGGAGCAGCUUUUCGACAUCAAGUUCCUUGCGGCGUCCCUGGGCGCUUUCGUGGCAAUCCGUGAGGACGGUCGCAUCAUUUCCUGGGGGCAGCAUUGCUACGGCGCUCGCAGCGUCGACGAGCCAUACGAGUUGCAUGGGGUUUUGCAGCUCGUGGCAACUCGCGGAGCCUUUGCGGCCCUUUUGGACACAGGGGGUGUAGUGUCCUGGGGGCAGGGUGUGCGCAACGCGGAGAGCCGGGCUUCUCUCUGCCAGCUGCGAGAGGUCAUCCAGCUCAGCGCCUCCGAAGAAGCCUUCGCGGCCGUACGUCGCGAUGGCCGCGUGGUGCUUUGGGGACGGAAUGCCUUCAGCGGAGUCAGGCAGCUUCGGGGCGUGCAGCGAGUGGUUGCCACUCGCUUCGCCUUUGCAGCGCUGCUGGAGGAUGGGCGGGUCGUGACCUGGGGAGACGUCCACUAUGGUGGUGACAGCAAAGCCCUGCGCCAUCAGCUGAGCGAGGUCUGUGAUCUUUGGGCCUCCUGCGCCGCUUUCGCUGCGCUGAGAGCAGACGGCUCCGUUGUCACUUGGGGCGAUGCACGCUACGGAGGGGACUCUGCAGCUGUCGCAGAGCAGCUGCGGGACGUGCGGAGGCUUGCGGUCAUGCCUUCCUUGGGUGAGAUCAACGAUCUCCUCCGCAGCCGCCGCGAGGAUUCGUCCAGCUCCUCCUCCAGCUGA